AUGCGAUUGGUGACGUUGUCGCAGCCAACAUUAGCUGUUGUUGGCCUAUCACAGCUCAAAAUCGGAAUAUUCUUUGAUGAUAUGCACGGUCGUUCCGUUGCUAUUGCCAUAGUAAGAUCUGGAACCAAACAUUGGGAUACAUCUUUUUACAAGUUCGAAUUAAGCGAAAACUCUCACUACUUACAAAUAUUGGAGCACAAUCAACUGAAUAUCUCAAAAGACUUUUCCUCUAUUGUACAUAUUAAUUGUGUCAAGGAGUAUGAUUUUGGAUCAUUUUCACCUUUUCCCAUUGUACUUCAUAAUUUCAACAAUCUCACUACGUGUAAUCUCACUUCUCUAUUGGCACCUAUCUAA